AUGAAGUUUCCUAUCCUUUCAAUUGCCCUCUCGGCCAUCCUCUUUUUUCCGCUUGGCCUCACAACUGACGAUUCUGACUCGGAGAGCCAACACUACUCUCAAUGCCGAUGUCUUCCGACCGAUCCUUGCUGGCCUAAACCAUCUGAAUGGGCCUCUUUUAACGCGUCGGUUUCUGGAUCUCUGAUUGCUGUCAAACCCGUUGCGUCACCCUGUCAUGAUCCGGCAUUUGAUCAAGCAGCUUGCGAGAAUGCCAAAACCAACUAUAAGCUAUCAGUUUGGAGGGGAAGCUUCCCGGGUGGAUAUCAACAAAUAAAUUUUGAGACCUCAGCUGUUAAAAAUGAGACCUGCUACAUCGAUACUCCCAGAUCUUCUCCAUGCGGCCAAGGAAAUGUACCGGUAUAUGCCGUUGCAGCAACCUCCCCAGCACAGAUUCAAAAGGCUGUCGACUUUGCUCGCGAAAAGAACCUUCGACUUGUCAUCAAAAACUCCGGGCAUGAUUAUCUUGGGCGAUCAGCGGGUAGGGGGUCAUUGCAAAUCUGGACACACAACAUGAACAAUAUCGAGUUCUCGGGAAAUUUUACGCCGGAAAGUUGCAAGUGGAAGAAGGGCGAAGAGGCGGUUACUAUUGGCGCCGGAGUACAGCUGAAGCCAUUAUAUUCGGCAUUGGCGGCUAAGGGGAAAACUGCGGUGGUCGGGCUUGCUAAUACGGUCGGUGCCGCCGGAGGUUUCAUUCAAGGGGGUGGACAUUCGCCUUUGGGACCGUGGAAGGGGAUGGCGUCUGAUAACGCUUAUCAGUUCACCGUUGUUACUGCAGAUGGCAAACAUGUAACCGCUAAUGAGUGCCAAAAUUCGGAUCUCUUCUGGGCUCUUCGAGGCGGUGGUGGUGGCACAUUCGGGGUGGUAACGUCCGUUACCAUUCGCACCUUCCCCGAUACCAUCAUGCUAGCUGCAAGUUUGAACGCAACAAUCCCAGACAGGAAUCAAUUCUACUCGUUCACAGCAGACUUCCAUGCUUUCCUCCCCAAGUUCAGCGAUGCGGGUGGAUCAGGAUACUACUAUAUAUUCCACGAGACAAACAGCAUUAUAAUUGGCGGGUUCUUCGCCGGUCAAUCUAACCCCAACGCCACCGAAGCCCUCUUUGCGCCGCUCGUCCAGAAAGCGCGUGAGUACACCAAUUCACAGGUACAAUGGAGCCAGCUUCCCCCGUUUCCCGCCAGUGUUGGGAUAGACACGAUUCUAAAUGGUACCGACGUGACCGGUGGCUUAUCCCUGUUAUCCUCCCGCCUUAUCUCUCGUAAAUUUCUCGAGUCCGCCGAUGGGCCAGGGAGGUUAUCCGAAGUCUUCAAGACCAUCGGGCCAAACCAGAAUACAGUAUUCAUUGGGCAUGUCGUUGCGGGUGGCCAAGUCGCCAGGAACAAGGGUACCAUCGAUUCGGCUCUUAACCCGUCCUGGCGAAAGGCUCUCGUCCAUCUUGUGUUUGCGCGAGGGUGGGAAACUAGCACUUCUUUCCAGGAGCAGGCCAUUAUAGCACGGAACAUGACGGAUGUCGAGGCACCUGUCCUCGCUGCGCUAGAACCUGAUAUGGGUGCUUAUAUCAAUGAAGCGGACCUGAAUGAGAGGCACUGGCAGAAGGUUUUCUGGGGAGAAAACUAUGACAAGUUGCUUAGGAUUAAGGCUAGGUGGGAUAAGGAAGAGUUGUUCAUGUGCAAGCCUUGUAUUGGAAGUGAGAAUUGGGAUGCAGAAAGUAUUUGUAGGAAGUAA